UUUAGCGGAGAUCAGUACGCAGCCGCUUCGAACUGAAGAAACGUCAGUUGUUCAUUACGUAAAAUUUAGCCUCUGCUCUACAAAAUCCCGAAAUGAGCUUAAAGGCGAACUACUACGACAAGCCGGAGGGCGACGAUCUCUUCGGCAAGAUGAUUGCUACAAACAAGUAUGCACUGGCCGGUGGACUCGGAUGGUCCACGAUUGAGGUGAUGAUGGUAUCCAAGCCCAAGGGCUACCUGCCCACCAUGGCCCGGUACGUGUACUUCACUGGACCGUUCGUUGGUAUGGCGUCGGCGUUCACCGUGGGCGCGUACGCCGCAAACAGAUUGCGUGGUCAGGAUGAUGGUUGGAACUACGUAGCCGGUGCUUUUGCUGCCGGUGGUGUGUACGGUGCCUGGAAACGGAACGUCGUCAGUGGACUGGUCGCUGGUUUGAUCUUCAGCGUGGCGGGUGCCCUCAAGAAGCAAUCCAUCGAUGAGGGUUGGGAAUUCUUCCCUGAGGUGAAGAAGCAUGCCAUCAGUUCUGUCAAUCCGAAUCGCUACGAUUUCACCUUGACGCAGGAACGCGAACGAGGAUGGACGACCGGCAAGUGAGAAGCACUUGAUGGUGAGAUACUGAACGUGAAUCUACUCGGUUCUGGUGAUGUUGUAAAGCAUGUUAGGCAAUAAAUACUGUGGAUACU